UUAAUCCAUCGCCCAUAACACUGAGAGCAAUCAGAAACAUACCAAGGGAAACAAACAUCAACGUCCUCACAACAAUGGCUACCAAGAUAUUUGUCCUCCUUGCGCUCCUUGCUCUUUCAGUGAGCACAACAACUGCAGUCAUUAUUCCGCAGUGCUCACUUGCUCCUAAUGCUAUUAUUUCACAGUUCCUCCCACCACUUACUCUUGUGGGAUUCGAACACCCGGCUCUGCAGGCUUACAGACUACAGCAGGCGCUUGCGAAUAGCAUCUUACAACAACCAUUUCCCCAAUUGCAACAACAAUCCUCGGCUCAUCUAACCGUACAGACCAUCGCAGCGCAGCAGCAGCAGCAACAGUUCCUACCAGCACUCAGUCAACUAGCCCUGGCAAACCCUGUGGCCUACUUGCAACAACAACUACUUGCAUCCAACCCACUGGCUCUGGUGAACAAUGCUGCAUACCAGCAACAACAACUACAACAGGUCCUGCCAGUGAUCAGUCAGGUAGCCAUGGCAAACCCUGCCGCCUACCUGCAACAACAACAACUUGCAUACAACCCACUGGUUGCGGCCAAUGCUGCUGCAUACUUGCAACAACAACAGCUGCAACAAAUCCUACCAGCACUCAGUCAACUAGCCUUGGUGAACCCGGCCGCCUACUUGCAACAACAACAGCUGCUUCCAUUCAACCAACUCGCUGUGACGAACACCGCCGCAUACCUGCAACAACAACAGCUGCUUCGUGUUAAUCCAGUGGUAGCUGCUAACCCAUUGGCUGCCGCCUUCCUGCAGCAGCAACAAUUGUUGCCAUUCAACCAGAUAUCUUUGAUGAACCCUGCCUUUUCAUGGCAGCAACCCAUCGUUGGAAGUGCCAUCUUCUAGAUUACAUAUGAGUUGUACUUCAUAACAAAGGUCUCAUAUAUAUCGGCGUGUGCAACUUCCAAUAAAUAAUCAAUAUAUUGUUUGAGAAUUAAUU